AUGGCAGGAGAAUCCAAUCCCUCCACCCCUGCUAGCGCCGGCAAAUCACCAGCCUGUACCCUUCCCCCCGACAAGGUCUUCUCCAUUCAGAUUGGCUCCGAGCUCUUUCGCCUGUCGGGAGCCUCCAUUGCCUCGGACGCACCCUCCUACUUCUCCCGCUUCUUCGAGGAGCAAUUGCGCCUGGUCGAUCCCUCCAAUGUUCGAACUCUCUACAUUGAUCGCGACCCAGCAACUUUUCAGGACAUAGCCCGCCAUCUCCAAGGAUAUCAUGUCCAGCCUCGAGAUGGCGCCCAAUUUGUGAAGCUAUUCGCCGACGCGCAAUUCUACACCUUGCCCCGGUUAAUGUCCCAAUUAUUCGAGUCCGAGAUCUUCAUCCAGAUCGGCGACCACCACUUUCAGAUCCCUCGUGACAUCUUCUCCGGCCCUGGUGAUUCCCCGAACUUCUUUUCCCUUGGUUUCGGCGCGUUUUUUUGCCUCGCCCUCCGAGGUCUUCCCCGGGCUGGACCGCACGUGUUUGCAGAACUGCUUCACCUGCUACGUGGAUACCCGCUGCAUAUUCGAAAUGCCGAUCAUCGUGCAGAGCUGUUACGCGAUUGUCGCUAUUUCCAUCUCCGCGGACUGGAGCAGAAGUUGAUUCCCCACCACAUCAGUUACAAUCCUUUCCGUCAACGCUCGGAGAUUGUGAUUCGCCUGGAAGAUGUACGACCGUCCGGUAUUCACUUCGCUCCGGAUACGACUUCUCGAACCGGCGUUGGGUCGGUGCUAUACGCUCGUCCCUUCGUCGACGAGAACCCGUCCGAUUUGAUCUUGGAAAUUGCAGACGCCUCUACUAUGGUCAAUCGAGCUAUCCGCCGGGCCGAUUUCGUGGGAUUAACCAAGUCUCGCAUGGCGAGCUUGCUCCAAGUAGUGGCCAAGAGGAUGAAUCUUCCGAAUUUGCAAUUGGGCGCGAUCCCUAUCAAGGUCCGCUGGGGACAAGCCACGGAUAUCGUGGUGGACGGUGAAUCGAAUUACACCUGCCCGGCGAAUUUUGCACCAGAUUUAGAGACGGAUGAUGAUUUACCGCCGGCCAAGCGUCACCGUACGGAUGGAUCUGAAUCAUCUUACAAUGAGCCAUGCGUGAUUCGAACAGGGCAAUGGCGACUACUGGUGGAGCCUGACAAUAACGGCGCAUACGAGGCAGUCCUGGUCGCGGUCAAGUUGGACACCUGGACGACUGCGCGAGUGCGAAACCAACAGCAAAAGUUCCUCUGA